CUCACAAGUACAUAUACUAAGAGCAACUACUUUGAAGAUUGCAUUAAACUCAAAUAUUCUCAUGAUCAAAAGUUAUGAUAACGAUUAUUAAAACCCUGCUUUGAAGACACGGCAAUAAAAUUCAAACAUCAAAAGGAGUUGUCUUCCAGAACCCGGAUAAAAAUGGAACAACAUGAGAAUAUUAGUUUAAAGACAUUAGACGAACUUGACUACGAAGAAAAACGAAGAGAUAUUCCACUGUUCACUUAUCUGACACUAGUGUUUGUAACCGGUAUAUUCGGAAAUACUGUAGUUUUACAUAUUUUUAAUAAAUCUUACACGCGUUCUACAUUUCGCUUGUUUGUAAUAUAUCUCUCUUCAGUGGAUCUUCUGUCGUGUACAUUUGGUAUUCCCAUAGAAAUAGUUGCCUUAAUAUUUGGAUUAAAGAAUGUCAACUCUAUUUUGUGCAAGGCACUGGCAUUUUUUACAGCAUUGCCUACUAUAACAUCUGUACUUCUUCUUCUUGCAAUUUCAUUUGACAGAUACAGGAAAAUUUGUCGACCUUUUUUAUGGCAAAUUACAUAUAAAGGUGCCAGAAAUAUUUUCAUUAUUUCUGUGUCUGUCAGUUUUGCUUGUUCUGCAUUAAGAUCUGUUACAUUUGGUUCGCGACCUACUACCUUUGAAAUGUAUAAUGUUACUAUCAUUACAUGUGAGGUAACAGAAGACAUGGAAAAGUCUGUUAUAGCUAUUAUAGCGCCCAAUCUAAUUGGUGGAUUAUUUUUGAUUGUCAUUAGUUUAAUUAUAACUUUGUAUUGUUGUAUAGCUGUCCGCAUCGGAAAACAAAUGCACACAAAGCGUAAAAUGCUUGGUAAAGGCAUAAACAAAACUAAAGGUAAUAAAAAUGGUAAUAUUAAUCCCAGCAUGUCGGACACAAAAAACAACCAGGGACAAAUUAGCGAAUUUAAAACUGACGCGAACGAAAACAGUACUGCAAAACAGUCGGAUCAAAACGACAUGCCUCACAAUAUUGAAAUCUCACAAGACCCCAAACAACAUCCUGGAAAACUGUCAAAUUUAAAGCAAACAAACAGCAACAGGUCAGCCUUUGUAAUGUUCAUGGUAACCAUUGCCUUCUUUUUAUCAUUUGCCCCUGCGUUCCCAUUAAUUUUCAUCAAAUCGUCAAUAGAAUCAAAUCUAGAAAGGACACUCUACAAGUUCUUCAUCAGAUCAUACCUUUUAAAUUGUGUGGUAAACCCCAUCAUUUAUGGUUUCUUUGAUCCUCAGUUUAGAAGAUUGUGUAAAAUGUUUUUCUCUUGCAGACAAGUUUAA